AUGUCUACCACUACCAGUACAUAUACGCGCGCCGAUGUGGCGAAACGCAACACAUCCAAGCAGUGCUGGGUUACGUACAAGGGAUUCGUGUAUGAUAUCACUGAAUUCCUCGAGGACCACCCCGGUGGCGACGAUGUCGUCAUGGAAUACGCCGGCAAGGAUGUGGAAGAAAUCAUGAACGAUCCUCUUUCGCACAAGCACUCCAAGAAUGCCUUUGGCAUGCUGGAAGAAUUCAAGAUUGGUCGGCUCGUGGAUGAUGCCUCGAGUACCACUGGUGCGGCCACGUCGCCGUUCCUGCCUGCCGAUGCCCACCUUCCUGACGAUUUCAAGCCGCAGGAUACGGAUUUGGAGAAGGACUAUGCCCAGAAUAAGUUCCUGGACCUGAACAAGCCUCUCAUUCCACAAAUGCUGACGUCGAAUUUCACCAAGGAGUUCUACCUCGAACAGGUGCACAUCCCACGCCAUAAGAAAGAGCCUGCGACGCUGAUGCCGUACGCUUUCUUGGAAGUGUUCACGAUGACUCCGUGGUAUGUGAUCCCGAUGCUCUGGCUCCCCAUUGCUGCUGGAUUCUUCUACGUCUCUACGCAGCAAUUCCAGUCCUGGUUUGCAGGCGACGCGUGGGCCGUCGCAUCGAAGAGCUUCGCGAGUGCCUUUGGCUGCUAUACUUUUGGUGUGGUAUUCUGGACGUUCCUGGAAUAUCUCUUCCACCGCUUCAUCUUCCACAUUGACAGCUUCCUUCCGCAUCACCAGGUCGCGUACCUGAUGCACUUUUUGCUACACGGCAUCCAUCACUACCUUCCUAUGGACCGCUACCGACUUGUCAUGCCACCCGUGCUGUUUGCAGUGCUUUCGUUCCCCAUGCUCUUGCUGGCGCACGCUGUGUUCCCCACUGCGGUGGCGAACGGCGUGAUUGCUGGCUCAUACAGCAUGUACGUUGUAUACGACACGAUGCAUUAUGCACUGCACCACACCAAAUUGCCCGCGUACGUCCGCGAGCAGAAGAGGUACCAUCUGGAGCACCACUACAAAAACUACGAACUUGGCUUUGGUGUUACAAGUAAGUUCUGGGACGUAAUUUUCCAUACGACGCUGUAG